CAGCCCUGGAGCCAGGACCCAGAGCCCACCGAGGGAGCUGCGGAGAAAGGAGGUGGCAGCUGCUAAGCAGUGUGGGUCUGGCUGUCGAAAGCCUGACUGCGAGUGGAUUGUAUCUGAGCCCUGCGUGGACUAUAGCAGAGUCCAGGUCCUGGUCCUGAAGGUGCCUGUGUGCGAGUGGACGGCAGAUCCGACGCGAUGACCCUGAACGGUGGUGGCGGCCGCGGGGCAGGCGGGAGUCGAGGCGCAGGCACCGAGCGCGAGCGCCGUCGGGGCAGCACCCCUUGGGGCGCGGCGCCCCCGAUGCACCGUCGCAGCAUGCCAGUAGACGAGCGCGACCUGCAGGCGGCGCUCACUCCCGGGGCCCGGGCUGCAGGUGUGGCGGUCUCGUGCACCUCGACCCAGGGUCCGAGGCUAGACUGGGCAGAGGGCUCCUCCGAUUCGCUGAGCUCUGGGGGCAGCAGUUCCGACGAGAGCAUAUACAAAGUGCUGUUGCUGGGGGCCUCUGGCGUAGGCAAGAGCGCCCUGGCUCGCAUCUUCGGUGGUGUAGAGGAUGGCCCUGAAGCAGAGGCUGCAGGGCACACAUAUGAUCGAUCAAUCACAGUGGACGGAGAGGAAGCAUCACUUAUGGUCUAUGACAUUUGGGAACAGGAUGGAAACCGAUGGUUGCCUGGCCACUGCAUGGCCAUGGGGGAUGCAUAUGUCAUCGUGUACUCAAUAACUGACAAGGCCAGCUUCGAGAAGGCCUCAGAACUUCGGGUCCAGCUGCGGCGGGCACGGCAAACAGAUGACGUCCCCAUCAUCCUUGUGGGCAACAAGAGUGAUCUGGUGCGCUCCCGUGAAGUCUCCGUGGAUGAGGGCCGGGCCUGUGCCGUGGUCUUUGACUGCAAGUUCAUCGAGACAUCAGCCGCAUUGCACCACAAUGUCCAGGCAUUGUUUGAGGGUGUUGUGCGUCAGAUACGCCUGCGCAGGGACAGCAAAGAGGCCAAUGCUCGGCGGCAAGCUGGUACCCGGCGGCGAGAGAGCCUUGGCAAGAAGGCAAAGCGCUUCCUGGGUCGCAUCGUAGCACGGAAUAGCCGCAAGAUGGCCUUUCGGGCCAAGUCCAAGUCCUGCCAUGACCUCUCAGUUCUCUAAGGCCCCUCACUGUGGUGGGCAAAGGGAUGGAUGAGUUGAUGGGCUGAUCCAGCCAACCACCCCAGUGCCUCCAGACUGGCCCCUUGGAGCUUCAUCCUAGACCUCCCCUACCUAAUGGUCAUGGACAGACAAUACUGCACAGGGAGGCAGCUCCCAGUGGCCAGUGAGGGCUGGGCCCCCAAGGAUGUGUGUGCAGGCCCAUGUGCAUCCCAGCAGCAGCCGGGCCCAGCUCGUGGGGUAGGCCUGUGAGUGGGGACUGCUUUCCUCAACACCCAGCUGUGCAUGCCCUGGAGCCCAGAGGAAGGCUGUUCUGUGCACUUGCUAUUUGUUUACAUACAGAUUUUUGUAAUAAAGACUAUUUCUUGACACAUCA